GGGGGGAGGGUGCUCCCUGCUCCCUACACGCCGGGCCUUAGAAAGAUGCUUGGAACCGGGGGAAAGGCCACCCGGGCUGCGCUGCGGCCGCCUAUGGGUCCGCCUGGGGCGCGGAGCUGGUCCGGACCUAGGCACGCUGCAGAACUUGUUAGAAUCACAGAACUGGAGGGGCAGGAGAAAAGCAGAGUAACCUCUCCAACUCCUAACCUUUAUGAAUGAUUAAGUCCCGGCUAAAGCCGAGUUUUGGAGACCGUAGUGUGUAUAUAUGAUUUGUGUCAGGUACGCAGAAAAAAUUCAAAAGCAGCAAGGCAGGAGUACCCUACUCUUGUACUCUUUCCGUUAUUUUUGGUGGUACUGUUAAUUGAACUUCUCACACACCAGGCAGCGCUUGCCCUUCUCCAACUCUUAUCUGCUCAUUCCAAAAAUUUUUUUGUUUGUUUUGUUUCAGUUUCAGUUGUGGUUUACUUUAGGACUAAGUGGAGGUAAGUUUCUUCCCAAGCUUUACUCCCUGAAGUCCUGAAACAAUUUGACAUCAUCGUUUUCACUUUUGUCUAUUUUUGUGAAAGUCCACGUACAAUAUAGUCAAUACAGUAAAUUAACCAGAGGGCAGUUUUUCAACUCUCCCACUUAAAUCUUAGAAUAGGCGGUAUUUGCUUAUUCUAGUUUGUGUUAGUAAUGAUGGCUUAUCCCUUAGGUCUACUGGGUAAGAAAAUUUACCAAGGAGUUAUUACUUGAAAGACAGAUAAAUCUUUUACAUAACUACGAUGGCAGCAUCUACUAGUGAUACCAAGAUCUGUAAGAACCAGAAUGGACUUUUGGAAGUAAAAAUGGAGGAAGAGUGUAAGUAUACCACCAGACAAGAUAGGAACCUACAAAAGAACACUUAUAACAGAGACGUCUUCCGAAAAUACUUCAGACAGUUUUGCUACCAGGAAACAUCUGGACCCCGGGAGGCUUUGAGCCGACUCCGGGAACUUUGCCGGCAGUGGCUGCGGCCGGACUUGAACAGCAAGGAGCAGAUCCUGGAGCUGCUGGUACUGGAGCAGUUCCUGACCAUCCUGCCAGGGGAGCUGCAGGCCUGGGUGCAGGAGCAGAAUCCAGAGAGUGUGGAGGAGGUGGUGACUGUGUUGGAGGAUCUAGAGAGAGAGCUUGAUGAACUAGGAUACCGGGCCUCAGUCCAAACUGAAGAACAGGAAACGCUGCAGGAGGUGAAGCCUUUAGCAGCAGAGCAGACACCCAGUGUGUCCCUUCAGUUUGUCAAAGCCAAGCCUGGGUGUGAACUUGCAGAGCGUGAAGCCCAGGAGGAGCCAGUUUCAGGUGUUGAGACUGGAAAUGAGCCCAGGAAUGUAACUCUAAAGCAAGGCCUUUGGGAAGGAAUGGAAGCAGAACAGAAUCCCUCUAGCAGAUUAGCAAAGGAUGCACUUGAGUGUGAAGAAACUCGAGACCCUGGAGAAGAGUCUAAUGGUGUUUCCCGUGAAGCCAGCCAGCCUCUGCAUAAUGAAAAUGGUAUAAAUUCUGCUGAGAACUCAGAGCAUGCUAAACACCAGAGCAUCUGUCCAGGGAGAAAAGUGCAUGGAUGUGAUGAGUGUGGAAAGAGUUUUACUCAGCACUCUCGCCUCAUAGAGCACAAGAGAGUCCACACGGGAGACAGGCCCUACAAAUGUGAAGAAUGUGGGAAAACUUUCCGAUGGAGGACUGUUCUUAUUCGACACAAGGUGGUCCACACUGGAGAGAAACCGUAUAAAUGUAAUGAAUGUGGUAGGGCUUUUGGCCAGUGGUCAGCGCUUAACCAACAUCAGAGACUUCACUCAGGAGAAAAGCACUACCACUGUAACGAAUGUGGCAAAGCCUUUUGCCAGAAAGCAGGCCUCUUUCACCAUCUCAAGAGCCACAGGAGAAACAGACCUUAUCAGUGUCUUCAGUGUAAUAAAAGUUUUAAUCGCCGUUCCACACUUGCUCAGCAUCAAGGAGUUCACACUGGGGCCAAACCCUACGAAUGCAAUGAUUGUGGGAAAGCUUUUGUUUAUAACUCAUCUCUUGCUACCCAUCAGGAAACCCAUCACAAGGAGAAAUCCUUGACUCAAAGUGGUCCUACUCAGCAGCAGAGGAACCACACUAGGGAGAAGCCCUACAAGUGCAGUGUAUGUGGAAAAGCAUUUGUUCAAAAAAUAAGUCUUAUAGAACACGAGCAAAUUCAUACUGGAGAGAGACAGUAUAAAUGUGCUGAGGGCGGGAAGGCCUUUCUUCAGAUGUCAGAACUCACAGAACAUUAGAGAACCCACACUGGGAAGGGCCUACAAAUGUGAUGAAUGUGGAGUUGUUCACACAGAACUCAACUCUUACUCAUCAUCAGACUAGUCACAAAAGAGCAAGUACUCCGUGUGAUGACUACGGGGAAGCCAUCUCACAGUGUCGGCUGAUGAAGAAUAUUGUAUUUGUAAUGCUUUGUGAUGACAUUUCAGCCUUUGCUGCUAUGAGUCCAUAAAUAUUUGAUGAGCUCCCUCUGUAUACUGUCCUUUGUGUGUGGCUGUGAAGGAAGUCUUAACUCCAGAUUUCUUAGAACAUUU